AUGACAUUUGUCUCACCGGUGAACACAAUGACAUUGGAUUGUUCGGGCAAUGUCGUAUCGAACGCCCUUCUGCUUGCCGAUGUCGACAUGAAUAAAAGCAAUGAAUUGAUAGUCGGUACGCAAGAUGGUGAAUUACUCAUAUUCAAAGCGAUUCGAAACCAAAGUCAGGCACAAUUGUGGCGUCGAGCACAUGGACUUGGUUUUAUAACGGCCAUUGCGGUCGGCCCAGUGACGACUAAUACUCCUGAGCCUCGACCGAUCAUUUGUGUGGUCAAUGCCGAGGGAGCAAUUCAUUUAUUUCUGCUCAGAUUAGCUGUACAAAGAAACCGUGUACGUAGUGCCGGUGGUACUUUGAAUAGUGGUAAUCGAAACGAUUCCAAAGUGCACCUACAUAGUGCAACAUCCAUCGUCAAUGACGAAGAACAACAGCAACAGCAACAGCAACAAAUUCAAGUCGCAUUUAGUCAACAACUUAUCUGUAAUCCAAAGAUAUUAAUUAUUCAAGAAUAUAAUGACAAUGAAAAACAAAUCAUUAUUGGUUAUGCUGAUCGAAGCAUUCGUGUAUUUACAUCGAUGGUCAUCGAAGAAUUCGAUGGUCGGUUGACGGGUCGAUUUGCUUUGAAAAGUGUUUUCAAUAUUGCUGAACAAAUUUACACUAUCGCUGCUCGACGAAUAUCAGUGAAAGAUUAUGAAUUGAUCGUUUCACAACCAGGUGGCAAUCUUCUACGAUUCAAUCCCAAUGAAGAAAAUGGUCGAAUUCUCGCAACUGAUAUGUGCAAUAAUGGUACCACAGGAUGGACCGAAGCAAUUGCGUUGGAUCGAUUCGUUGAUGAAACCGUUUAUGCAGCGAUAUGUCAUGAUCAUAUUGAUAUAUUUUCUAAUCAACUCAAUAGAAUUCUUUAUACAAUUCCAUUGAGUGUCAAAACUGGAUACUUGUGUGGUCUUCGGGUAGGACCACCCUCCAAGGAUAAAUACAACCAAAUAGUAACAAUUUCCUCUGUCGAUGGCGAUACAUUCAUCAUUGAUCGCGAUUCGAAUAUCCUUCGUUUUCGUCCGCCACUAUCGUCGAACACAGGUUGUGGUGGUGGAAACGAUUCAAUCACUAACACAAGUUUUGCCGAUCAAAUUCAAGCGUUCACAUCUGGUUUCUUUGGCGAUAAUAACAUAUUCUGUUUCAUCUAUGUUCUCACACAUAAUGACAAAAUUAUCAUUGUACAUUCGAUUGAAACAAGCAAUACCAAAACAGCAAAUCUUGCAACUUUAUUAGAGAAAUCAGCGCUCGAUCAGAAAAUCAAAGAAGGUUAUUAA